GUCAGCUGUUUUGGAAGCCGAGCUGAGCGUCUACGUGGAAAAGAAAUCACGUGCCCCGACGAGAAAAAAGCUCCAUAUUUCCAGCUUGGGAGGUGGCCAAUCAAGGCCAGGCUAACUCGAUUAUCCCCAGCCGGGCCAUUCCAUUUGAGCUUUUUCGCUCAUCUUCAAGCCUACGAUUCCCGACAUCAAGACUACGAGUCUGCCGACCCAUUGACCCGUCAACACAGCUCGCCGCCCUUCGUCACAUUGGAGAGCUGCUUGCCCAUCAUGUUGGCUAGAUCCUGCAUGCGCUCGACGCGCAUCCUCAACGGAGCCCGAAAUGGCGCCUCCAGCUUCGCCAAGCGUUCCGCUUCCACAUCGAGCUCCAGCGCCUCCGCCGAGACCCCGACACGUUUGAACUUGGCCGCCGCCGCCUCGACAGCCGUCGCCAUCGGCUCCGUCGCUUGGUACUACCACCUCUACGGACCUGAGGCGCAUGCCAUGACACCUGCCGAGGAAGGUCUGCACCCCACACAGUACCCUUGGGUUCACGAGCAAUGGACCAAGACCUUUGACCACCAAGCCCUCCGCCGUGGUUUCCAGGUCUACCGCGAGGUCUGCGCUGCUUGCCACUCUCUCGCCCGUGUCCCCUACCGAACUCUGGUUGGCACCAUCUUGACCGUCGAUGAGGCCAAGGCUCUGGCCGAGGAGAACGAGUACGACACCGAGCCCAACGAUGAGGGUGAGAUCGAGAAGCGACCCGGAAAGCUCUCCGACUACCUGCCCUCUCCCUACAAGAACGACGAGGCUGCCCGGUCUGCCAACAACGGUGCUCUGCCCCCGGAUUUGAGCUUGAUCGUCAAGGGCCGCCACGGUGGCUGCAACUACAUCUUCUCCUUGUUGACCGGCUACCCCGAUGAGCCCCCCGCUGGCGCUCAGGUCCAGUCUGGCCUCAACUUCAACCCUUACUUCCCCGGCACUGGAAUUGCCAUGGCUCGCGUUCUGUACGAUGAUCUCGUUGAGUACGAGGACGAGACUCCUGCCUCCACCUCCCAAAUGGCCAAGGACGUCACCGAGUUCCUCAACUGGGCUGCCGAACCCGAGAUGGAUGACCGCAAGAAGAUGGGUUUGAAGGUUUUGACCGUCUCUGCCGUCCUUACCGCUCUCAGCAUCUGGGUCAAGAGAUACAAGUGGGCCCCGUUGAAGACGAGAAAGACCGUUUAUGACCCUCCCAAGGCUCAACGAGACGUGCGCCUCUAGACGAAACAAACUCCUGUAUGUAAUACUAGGCUCCCAGAGGUUCCUUUGUUUUGUAGCAAAAGACAAGCGCGGGGGCAACCGGGGAUAGUGACUUUAGAGUGUAAAUCAAGUUCUUCAUUUGUUACCCAUUACCACUGAAUUACGGUCUCCAUCGGAAUGAAGAAUUUAUACUACAGAAGAGGGGCGCAAUUAGAUUACCUCGCAGUUCUUUGCUGCAACCAGGUUUGAUGGUAGCCACAGAUAUUUAGAUGCUUGGUGUACGCCGAACCAUGAUUUUUGACUUGUGAUUCAUGCAUGCUGAUUGAACGCUCUCAGCUCUCAGCUCUCCGCUUAC